CCCUUUUUAUCAUUCAAUUGCGCAAUCAAAGAAUCGCACAGCGUUGCGCAGCAUCUAUCGUAAUUUGUCGAACGAAGUCGAGGGAUCAAGAAUCAAGUUCAACUCAGAUUCGCGCAUUGCGAGAGUAUCUUUCGAGUCAUUUCGCAAGUCGAUCUAGUAAAAAACAAGAGAAAAUGCCACGACGUGGACGCGCUGCCGCACCUCCUCCAAGAAUCAUGAGACCGGCCGUGAUUGCACCCGCGUCCGUGCCAUCCCGAGUCCCAGCUCGAGUCCCAGCUCAAGCCCCACCAUCGGCACCCAUGGUGGCCCAGCCACAGCAACCAUCGCUCAUGGGCCAGAUGGCCGCUACUGCUGGCGGUGUAGCCCUCGGAUCUGCCGUGGGACAUACCAUCGGUCACGCCAUGACUGGACUCCUCAGUGGAGGAUCCAGCGAGACUGCUGCUGCUCCUGCUGCACCGCCGGCUGCGACCCAGGUUGCCCCAACACCAGCCCCCGGAGGUGCUUGCUCAUUGGAGGUUAAGCAGUUCCUGGACUGUGCCGAGAAUCAAUCUGAUUUGAGCCUAUGCCAAGGAUUCAGCGAGGCACUGCGUCAGUGCAAAAUUGCCAAUAAUAUCUAAAUUAAUGUAGAAAACGAAAAAUCUAGAAAUUUUCUAGGUGAAAUUCAAGUAUAUGCUGUAAUUAUAUAGAUAAAGAUAUCCUAUAUGUACAAUGAAAA